GGGAUGUACCAGAAUGGAGACUUUAUCAUUGGAGGCCUGUUUGAGGUUCAGAACCUCAAAGUCUUCCCAGAACUUACUUUCAGAACUCAGCCAGAACUGCCCCAGUGUGAGGAAUUCUAUAUGGCGAGUUUCCAGCAGGCACUGACAAUGGUUUUUGCCAUAAAUGAGAUUAAUAAUAAUAACAACCUGCUGCCUAACAUCACGCUUGGGUAUCAGAUCUAUGACAACUGCUUAAGGCUUGGAGUGGCAUUCCGGGCUGCCAUUUCCCUGGUUAGUGGUACAGAGGAGUCCUUCUCAAACCUCAACUGCACUGGCCCUCCUCCGGUGAUUGGGAUUGUAGGGGAUCCAGGUUCAACUCAAUCUAUAGCAAUUUCCAGUGUCCUGGGACUGUUUCGAGUUCCUAUGAUUAGCUACUUUGCCACCUGCUCCUGUUUGAGUGACAGGAAAAAGUACCCCUCUUUCUUCAGAACAAUCCCCAGUGAUGCCUUCCAAGUGCAGGCUAUGGUUCAGAUCUUGAGGCAUUUUGGAUGGACCUGGGUUGGUCUCCUCUACAGUGAUGAUGACUAUGGCAUCCAUGCUGCUCAGUCCUUCCAUCAGGAAAUGCAACUGUUUGGGGGUUGUGUGGCCUUCUCUGAGAUUCUGCCUUAUGAUAACAACCAUAGGGAUAUUCAACGUAUAGUAGGGGUUAUUCAGACCUCUACAGCCAGGGUAGUUGUAGCGUUCUCAACUGAUCUGUCAUCCCUGAUGAAUGAGUUGUUGUUGCAAAAUGUGACAGGCAAGCAGUGGAUUGCAAGUGAGGCUUGGACAACAACACCUGUCCUACAAACUCCACAAUAUUUGCCCCUACUAGGGGGAACGCUGGGCAUCGCCAUCCGUCGUGGACAGAUUCAGGGACUUCAUGACUUUCUGAAAGAUCUACGCCCUGACAAUAAUCCAAAAAACAGUACAAUAAAAAUCUUCUGGGAGAACAUGUUUGGGUGCAAGUUUGAGGUAGGAGGCAAAAAUAUAUCUGAAGAGCGAGAACAAGGGGAAAACAAAUGUUCAGGGCAAGAAGAUUUGAGCAGCACAGAUACAGCAUUCACUGAUGUAUCAGAGCUGAGGGCCUCAUAUAAUGUGUAUAAGGCUGUUUAUGCUUUAGCACAUGCGCUUCAUGACCUGAUGCAGUGUGAGGAAGGGAGAGGACCAUUCAGUGAGAACAGCUGUGCUGACAUAUCCAACCUGAAACCUUGGCAGCUAGUUCACUUUCUACAGAAAGUGAACUUCACUACAAGCUUUGGGGAUCAUGUGUCAUUUGAUGAGAAUGGAGAUGCUCUGGCCAUCUAUGAUGUGAUGAACUGGCACCCGAGGUCUGAUGGGUCGAUCAUUGUCCGCACGGUUGGUGUGGUAGAUGAAGGGGCGACAACAGGGAAGCCCCCACGGUCUGUUUGCAGUGAGAGCUGCCCCCCAGGAACCAGACGGGUCAGGAGGAAGGGACUUCCCGUCUGCUGUUUUGACUGUCUGCCAUGCGGAGAUGGAGAGAUUUCUAAUGCAACAGAUUCACCCGAAUGUUUCACGUGUCCAGAUGAGUUUUGGUCGAGUCCUGAAAAUGACAAUUGUAUUCCCAAAGAAGUGGAAUUUCUAUCUUAUGAAGAUCCUCUGGGAAUUUCUCUGACCACUGCUUCCCUUUUAGGCACUAGUUUCUGUGCUGUUGUGAUGGUCAUCUUUGCUCAUCACCGUAACACUCCCAUAGUACGCGCCAAUAAUUCAGAACUCAGCUUCCUGCUGCUGUUGUCACUAAAACUGUGUUUCCUGUGUGUACUACUGUUCAUUGGCCGGCCGCAGUUGUGGACAUGUCAAUUAAGACAUGCUGUGUUUGGAAUAAGCUUUGUCCUGUGCAUCUCAAGUAUCCUUGUUAAGACUAUGGUGGUAAUAGCUGUGUUCAAGUCAUCUCGACCAGAGGGCAAAGGAGCGAUGAAAUGGUUUGGUUCAGCACAGCAAAGAGGAACCGUUUUGGCCCUAAUUUCUACACAAGUAGCAAUAUGUACAGUCUGGUUAUCCACUGCAUCCCCAACACCCCAUAAAAACAGUCUUUAUAUCCGCUCUAAAAUAGUAUAUGAAUGUGCUAUUGGCUCAGUGGCUGGUUUUUCUAUGCUGCUGGGAUACAUUGGACUGUUGGCAGCAGUAAGCUUCCUGUUGGCCUUCAUGGCAAGGAAACUUCCAGGUAAUUUUAAUGAAGCAAAGUUCAUCACUUUUAGCAUGUUGAUCUUCUGUGCUGUGUGGAUUGCAUUUGUUCCAGCAUAUGUGAGCUCACCAGGGAAAUAUGCAGUGGCUGUGGAGAUAUUUGCCAUCUUGGCUUCCAGUUUUGGAUUACUGGUGGCCAUAUUUGCCCCUAAGUGCUACAUAAUUAUUUUACACCCAGAAAGAAACACUAAAAAAGCCAUCAUGGGAAGAUCAACCCAAAAGAAAUAG